UAUGUGAUUUAAAAUCUAUAAUCGAGUGGUGUUAAACAUUAUUGUUUUACAUUUCAUGUAAAAUUUCACAGCGGCUCAUUUAUAAACAAACGACACGAUGUUUUGAAUCAUGUUGACGUCAUUUAUACUUUAAAUAGAAAAGUGUACCACGUGAUCAAACAACAAUCAAGAUGGCCUCGUUCAUCUGUGUUCAGCUGAAAAAAACUUAUGAAGUAGAUUUAGUUAAACCUCUUAGGACUUUCAUUCAGAAUACUUAUAAUCAAGCCAGCCCCGAUGAUUAUAAUCAAGCUUUGUCUGAGUUUAAUAAACUCAGAAAUGCUAUGAUUACAAAGUCGGUAGAUAAACACGAAUCAGCGUUAGAAGUACUGUAUCGAUAUUAUGAUCAGCUUGCUGCCAUAGAGAACAAGCUUCCAAUUGCUGAAAAUCAGAUACGUGUGCAAUUCAAGUGGAGGGAUGCAUUUGAUGAAGGUUCUCUCUUCUCUGGGAAAAGGAAUUUGGCCAUUGCUUCUGGUGCCUACGAGAAGGUUUGCAUAUUGUUUAACAUAGCAGCUUUGCAGUCUCAGAUAGCUGCUGCACAGAACCAUGACAACAAUGAUGGGUUGAAGCUCACCGUUAAACUAUUCCAGCAAGCAUGUGGAAUAUUUGGUCACCUAAAGGAUAUAGUUUUAUCCCACGUCCAACAAGACCCCACCCCUGACCUGAGCCCAGACACACUCAGUGCUUUAAGUGCUCUAAUGUUGGCCCAGGCACAGGAGUCUAUUUAUAGAAAGGCUACACAGGAUAAAAUGAAGGAAGCCAUGAUAGCUAAAUUAUCUUAUCAAACCUCUGAGCUUUAUUCUGAUGCGAUGAAACUUAUGCAGUUGGGAUCUAUAAGAGAUCUGUGGCCUAAGGACUGGCUGCCUACAGUUGUGAUGAAACAGGCUGCAUUUCACGCCAUGGCUGAGUACUACCAAAGUUGUGUGGCUCAACAGUCUAAAAGCUACGGAGAAGAAAUAGCUAGAUUGCAGCAUGCCCAGGAGUUGCUGAAUGCCUCUCAAAGCAGGGGAGGAACAACAUUCAGUUUCAAGCAGGAACUGGCCAAAGUCCAGCGAGCCCUUGAGACAGCCACAAAGGACAACAACUUUAUCUAUCAUGACAAAAUCCCUGAUCUAAAAUCUCUUCAGCCAAUUGGAAAGGCUGUUGUUGCUAAAGCUGCUCCAGUGAGCCAGCCAAUGAGUGCCAAGUUUACUGAUCUGUUUGAGAAAAUUGUUCCAUUACCUGUACACGAAGCACUGACUGCAUUUGAGAACCGCAAGUCGCAGAUUGUUAGUAUGGAAGCUGGAAGAUUGAGGAACGCCACAGAACUCAUGAACAGUGUUCUUGCAUCCUUGAACCUGCCUGCUGCUCUUGAAGACUUGUCUGGUGAAAGAGUUCCACAUUCCCUGCUAGAGAAGGCCCAACAAAUCCAGGAACUAGGUGGGCUGACCAAGCUUGACCAGUUGAUGAGUGAUCUACCUGACUUGCUGACCCGCAACAGAGAGAUUCUUCAAGAGAGCAUAAAAGCUCUAGAUGAUGAAGAGAAGUCCGACCAACAGUUGAGAGAGCAGUUCAAAGAAAGAUGGUCAAGAACUCCCUCUGCCUCGCUGACCAAACCCAUGAGAGAGGAGGCCAUGAAGUAUAAAUCCAUACUUGACACAGCCAUCCAAGCAGAUCAUAUUGUCAAAGGGAAGUACGACGCACACAAGAAUGCCAUCUUUUUGUUGUCAAAACCAAAGGGUGAACUGGAAGCAGCUUUACCUGCAGCCAGUGCCGCGGCUUCACUUCAGAACAGCCCUGUGGUGAAACAUUUGAGAGAGUUGCUAGAACAGGUGAACACAAUCAAAGCAGAGAGAGAUGUUAUAGAAUCAGAAAUCAAAGACGCCAAGUUCGAUAUCAGCAGCAAAUUUUUUGCUGCGCUAGCAACUGAGGGGAUGAUCAACGAAGAAUCCAUUUCACUGAGUGAGCUGGACAGAACUUACACACCCCUUAGAGAGCAGGUGUCUGAUAGUAUACACAGACAGGAAAUUCUACUGUCACAAAUCCAGAAUUCCAACACUGAGUUUAGCCAAGCCAAAACGUCCAAUCAAAGUGCAGCACAAAGAGAAACUCUUCUUAAAGAUUUAGCUGCUGGGUUUGACAGUUUUAUGGAGUUGAAAGGAAAUUUGGAGGAAGGAACCCAGUUCUACAACGACCUAACACCGUUGCUAGUCAGGCUACAGACUAAAAUCAAUGACUUCUGCUUUGCCCGAAAAACUGAGAAAGAUGAGCUGAUGAGUGACCUACAGAAGGCUAUCGUCAACACUCCCUCCCAGCCCCCACCCAUCACUCCAAGGUAUCAGGGCGGCCCUGCCCAGCCGACCCAAGACAGUUCUAGUGCAGCUGCACCUGUCCCUGCCCCGAGGAAUGCCCCACCUCGUCCACCCCCACCAGCCGUGCCUACAGCAGCUACAAGUGCUCCACUAGCGACCACAACACCAUCCACAACGGCCGGAACUCCGUCUGCCCCUAGUGCUUCACUCCCUUACUCUAUGACACCCUCUCAGCCUGGCCAUCUACAGAACCCCUAUGGUCAACCAAACUUUGGUGGUUCUGGCUGGCAGGCUCCUUACCCAUCCCACCCUGGCCAAGGCUACCCUCUGCCACAGAUGCCUGCGGGGUACAACCCAUACAACCCCUACAUGAGCUACCCGCCCCAGGGUCAGAACCAACCAGGCUACCCACAACCAGGUCACCCGCCCCAGGGUCAGAACCAACCGGGCUACCCCCAACCAGGACCCUAUGGCCAACAACCUUAUCCGUAUCCUCCUCAGCAGCCCCCUCAAGCUGGGUACCCAUAUCCAGGGUACCCACCUCAACAGUAUCACUAGACUGUUAGGGCUACACAAGUUUAUCAUUAAGUGAUAUGUUACUAUUAUAAUGAAGUAAUCAUUAAGUAAAGGCUAAUGAAUUAUCUAUAUUGUUAGGAUUUUUUUUCCCUAGGCUUUGUAAUUUAAACAUUUGUGUAAUUAUUAUUUUUUUAAUUACUACAUUACACAUUGGUUAAGAAAUAUGAAGUUGUCUACAGUUGGAAAUCUUGGUGAUGGACAUCACAGUGAGUGAUAUCGAAUGUUUCUUAUUUUGUACAAAAAUUGUUCAGUGACUUUAUCUGUAGUAAUACAACUGUAUUAAAAAAAAUACAUGAUUUAAAAUGUUUAAGUUGAAAUCAGCUACUUAUAACAAACAAGCCACCUGUAAUGUUGUGUUAUUUAUUUAUGCUGUCCUACAGAGAUGACCUGCUUAAGUUGUACCAAAUUUUUUAAAAGUUUUUUAAAAUUCAAUUUGAUUCAUGCAAAUAAUUUUGCUUUCCUCUCCUCUUGUUAUAUUGAUUAAUUUAAUGAAACAUUGUACGUUUAAUAUCUUUAUAAAUUUUUUUAAUAUGUUAACUAGUAGCAUAGCUUGCGUCAUAUUCUAGCAGAUGUUUUUUCAACAGUGUUUAGCUACAGAAAUAGAAUAAAUGUUUAGUUUUUAAUCAAUUUCUUCCAUGUAGUGUAUUAAUAAGACUUGACUUGCAUUCUGUGAAACUAUUGUAGGAUUUGAUGCUUUAAAGUUGUAGUGCUAAUCAGUUUUUUGUUUUUACUGGUCAUUAGGUUUCUCACUAGACAGAUGGGGUGUUUAUUUCUUUUAUUGGUCCUUUAACAUAAGCUUCAUAACAUUUAGAAGCUUUCAAACUUUAAAAAAAAAUUAAUAACAAAAAUCUAGAAUAUUCUUUUGAAAUAACUUAUUUUUUACAUAUCUAAUUUGAAAAAAGAAUUCAUAUUCAUUUUGAAUGGAAUGAAACGUUUAUUUCAAACAAGUUUUUUGCUUCGUUAACAAUGAUUGUUUAUUUUUUGUGCAAUUUUCCAUUAUUGCAUUAUGGUUUGAAAUCACCACAAUGAGAAGUGUCAUGGCCUCAUGAAUUGGCCACUGAUUUUGUGUACAAAAAUUGUUACUUUGAUGUGUGUGUUGUAAUCUGUCCCAUUAUGAUGUAAACAUACUUGCUAUAUUUCACAGGUAAAAAAUAUUCGCAUUGAAAGGAAAAAUAAAUUAUCUUCUCUACAUGAAACUUUA